AUGCUCAGCCCGCAGACUUACGAGCUCCCGCGCCUCCCGGGCUUGCAGCUCCAUGGAUUCGAUCCGUUCUACCAGAAUCUGAGCCGGCAGCUCUGUGGCCUCCGCUCCGUCACCAAAAUCCGAGCCACCCUGCCGGUCUCCCCGCCAGUCUCGCCGCCGCAUCCGCCGCGCAGCUCCCAGACAACACCAAACGCAUCGCUGCCGGCCAUCCAGGGCACCACCACCCUUUCCAAGAUGUACAUUCUGCCUCCUUCCUCGGCAAAGCGCCGGCCGAGGUCCAAGCAACUCGUCCAGGGGCGACAGCAGUCCUUGACCAAGCCAAAGUCCUCGUCCAUGUCACCGCCAUCGCUGACCCUCCCCCCUCCACUCCUGCCGCCAUCCACGUUUGCGGCCAAAGUGGUACCCGCAAGACCGGCUGCUGAUCUCGAGCUCCAUGCCUCGAUUCAUCCCGAAGCAUGGGAGGGAAAUGAGGCACCGGGGCCUCCAGUAUCGAAGCACUUCCCUAUGGUUGUAGCCAGCGGCGACGGUCGCUUUGCUCCCGAGCCCACGCCCUCGACGACGAUAUCGUUCCCGCACAAUAUCCUCAGCCGGGAGAUCCCCACUCCGUCGACAAUGAACCGCAGAGAGUCACAUCUCCCGGUCAUAUUCAACAAGCCGCGACAGGCCGUUCAUCGACGGCCCAAGACAGCACGCACUCGGCCGAGGAAAGCGGCAGCACAGAUCCGGGUCCACUCAGCCAUCGCCCACGUCGUCCCCCCGGUUGCCCGGCAGCCCGCAACUCCCAAGACCCAGGCCCCACCGCUCGACGACGCCUUGCGACGGGGGAGUCGAGAGACCCAGCGACAGCGACAGCGACAGCGAUUGGAGGAGGAAAUGAACAGUGUCAUGAACAACAUGACCUUCUACAACCCGCACUGUGGACUGUACUAUGCGCUGGUUCCCUCAAACGGCACCCCAGCGUUGACCAACAUCACCUACAUGGUGAAGCAGCUCGUCGAAAACUCGCGGGCAUACACCUCACCAGAGCUCAACCGACUACAAACGUCGCUUCCCAGAAUCAAUCCAUCGAUGUCGACCCACAGCAGCAUCGGUCCUCCGAAGACGCACGAUCGACAUCCUGCCCUCGGGCGGGGCUCCCUGACAGCUUCGAUACUAUCGACAGGGCCGCAGCGUCUGCACGAUAACGGCGCAAUCGAAUCGCAACCCUGCGAUCACGAGGGCCCAUCGCCGCACAAGCGCAAGCCUUCACAUAAUAUGGUGCUUGCCGCAGCCCUCCAAAGCUUGGCCAAGGAGGAUUACAAGCGAUACCACAAACUCAAGAUCGACAACUUCAAAGUCAUGCACAUGUCCAGCGUGCUCGUUUCGAGUCGCCCUGACUCUGUAGUCGACGCAUGUGCCAGCGUUCCGGCUGUGAGCAACGGGUGGGACGUCGAAGAUCUCGUUCCUUCGAGAGUUCACUCGAAGGGGCAACCUUGUCCAUCGUCCUUGGACCCUGAGCACAUGGCACAGAUCAGGGCACCCGGCAAUCGGACCAUUACUCGAGCGGCCCGGACUGCCGUCGCUCCUGAGAACACCCGCACAGCUUCGAGAGCCACAAAACCCCAGCACAAGUCCCAGAACGCCCACGGACUCUUGGCAGUCAAGCAACACUCGCCGGAUCGACAUGAGAUCAACUCGAAGCAGACGACACCCAGAGACGCUCCGUCGACACUGAAAAAGGCGAAUAUGGCAGUCCUUGGGGCGGCAGAGGUGCUGCAUCGGAAGCGAAAGAAGCGCCAUCGACGGAUCGCUCCUGGACUCCUGUCUGCACGAACACAGCACAAGUACUUCCGGUACUUGCGCAUGCGUGGCCCGCUGCGAGCCUUCGAUCGCUCUGAGCUUUCGCCUCCGUGGGGGACUCGAUACCGCUGGAGCCUAUGCAGAUUCAGUCCGCUGCUUCCCCCCCCCCGCCUCUCUGUCGCCCGUCUGUCCUCGGCCUGGCAAGCGCUCGGUGCUCAAUCCAGGACCAACGGAGAUGUGGGCUACAGCCAUUCUGCUGGUCGAUAUCUGGGCCAGGCAGGGCCAGAUUCGAUUCGAUCAGCGUCGUUCAUGCAGUUCCAAUCCUCUCGGUCGGGAGAGACCACACAUCGGAAAAAGCGGGUGAAGAAACGACAAAUGCAACUCUGGAGGCCGUAUGCUCUGCUUGCAUCGCUGCCACUGGUCGCAGGUUGGAAUUGCCUGGGCACUGAUCCCGACCUCAGUGUCUACUCACAAUGGGGGACGGUGACCCUCGACGGCUACAACUGGCGCACGGGGAACGUCACCAACUGGAUUGCCAAAAUCAUUCUGGAAGAGGCGCUGGGAUACCCCACCACGAUCGUGCCAUGUCCAAACUCUUGCAUCUACAACUGGAACGGGCUCUCGGACGGUUCUGUGAUGGCAUCUCUAGAAGUAUGGAUAGACGCGUCGCCCGAUCGUGAGCAAAUCUUUCUCGAUCGAAGUACUGGGCCGUACCGCACGCUCGAAGGGGCCGGUCCUUCUGGUUUGAUCUCGCAGAUCGGCUGGUUCACGCAGAUGUGGACCAUGGACACAUAUCCCGAGCUGGCCUCCUAUCGCGGGCUGCAGCGGCAGUUCAAUGGAUCGGCUCGCUUUGCCCUCACAUCGUCGGCUCUCAAUGCAUCGGGCCUUGGCCCCCCAGACGCCUGUCCGGACUGUGGGGCCCGUGUAUGGAAUACCACUGCAUCUGGAUACGGAGCGCUUUUUGCAGUCGAUCCGUCUUGGGCAGGUGAUCUCCAGUCGCAUAUCGCCCUCAACAACUUGAGCCUGGUAACGGAAUGGACGGGAAGCGAAGCUGCUCUGGCCGACACUUUUGUGAAGCUCAACAACGUAGGCCAGCCCGUUCUUCUCGCCUUGCCCAACCCACACUAUAUCCUUACACUAUGGACCGCCAGAAACGACUCGAGAUAUCGACUAUCACAAGUGUCGCUGCCCGAAUACGACCCAAAGAUGUGCAACUACUCGUGCUCUGCCUACCCCAACUACGUCGUGCAAAAGAUCGUCAAUUCGGGUCUGUCGGUCACCAAUCCAGAAAUCUACUGGCUGAUUCGCUUCUGGACGAUAUCCAACGCCGAUGUCGACUACUUCUUGGCCUUUGGCUCCGACGACGGUUUGGAAGACCGAGACGCGGCAUGCUUAUGGGUCAAAACUCACCGCCAAACUUGGAGUCAGUGGUUGUGGUUUCGCCAGUGCCCAAACAAUUGUACUGCUCCGAAUGGGCUCUGCUUCAACAACCAGUGCUUAUGUCAUGGGCAGUGGUCCGGCUCAGACUGCUCGAUCCCAGAACCCACCUACCAGACGCCCAUCAUCGUAACGGCCGUGUGCUACCUAACCGGCCUGAUACUGGUCUAUGUGCUGUUGCGGCGCACCAAUAACGACGCCAACAACGCGAUUGUAUUUACAAUUGGCUUCAGCAUCUGCAAGUACGUCGCGGAUGCGUGGUUCUGGAUGCGCUAUGCAAGCUUCACGACCAAGUCUGUUUAUGUGCUGGCACUUGGUGUGCUCUUCAUAGCCGGCCCAGCGCUACUCUUUUUCAUUGUACUGUCGAUGCUCCUCAGUGUCGAGCUUAAGGAGAACUCUUCGUUCCGGAAGUACAUGGAUGGCCAUAAUUUGGUACUGUGCGCCAUCAUGAUGCUGGCAUCAUUGAGCCCGAACACCAUAUAUCUAUCUUCGUCCAAGAUUGCCAACUGGAAGGGCUUUGGGGCACCGUACUCGAUCGAGUUCGAGGGCCAGAUCAAGAUACUAUCAUUGUCGGCGCUGGUUAUCCAAGAUCUUCCACAGAUUGGCCUGCAAAUUUAUGUCUCUGCAACGACUGGCUGGGUGGCGAUUUCGAUUGCAGCGUUGUGUGUCACGCUUGCAUCGCUCGUUUUCGAGAGCAUCAGCAAUAUCUUUAGCCACCUCAUCAUCCGAUACCGCGAGGUGCAAUCAGACACCAGGGCCGAUCUGCGCCCCGAAAAAUCCACAAACACCCAAAAGUCACUGCCACAAGACUCGGGGUCAGCUGUGUAG